AGAGCUGAAGAUGUCGGCUCAGUCAUGUGAUCAGCUGUGUCCAAUCACAGCUGAUCGCACUGAUCAUCAGGGCACUGAUGAUCAGUGUGCCCUGAUGAUCAGUGUAGCCCCAGCAGUGCCAUCUGUCAGUGUCCAUCAAUGCCAGCUGUCAGUGCUCAUCAAUGCCACCUGCCAGUGCCCAUCAGUGUCACGUCAAUGCCACAUAUCAGUGCCUACCAGUGCACAUCAAUGCCACAUAUCAGUGCCCAUCUGAGCUGCCUUUCAGUGUCACCUAUCAGUGC